AUCUCUUUCGAAUAUUCUGAUCGAACCGUUAUAUCAAAGCUCUUCACCCCAACCCCCUCACGCCACCACCCUCUCUCUCCCUUCUAUUAUCAGCUAUCAUAACAGGGAUAGCCUCAGAAAUUCAGAAUCCCCUUCCCCGUUCUUGAUAUUCGGUCAGAUUUCCGCCGGGAUAUUCCUUGUAUUCCGAUCAUAACAGAGUCAGAUGAAGUUCGGUAAGAGUCUGAGUAAUCAGAUCGAGGAGACUCUUCCUGAAUGGAGAGAUAAGUUCCUUUCAUAUAAGGAUUUGAAGAAGAAGCUUAAGCUUAUCGAUCCGAAACGCGAGGAAAGGUGCAGUAAGCGACCUAGGAUGGCUUCCGGGGAUGGUGCGGAGGCUGGAGAGAUGGAGUUGAUUUCAAUGACGAGAGAGGAAAAGGAAUUUAUCCGAUUGUUAGAAGAAGAACUCGAGAAAUUCAAUUUCUUCUUCGUCGAGAAGGAAGAAGAAUACAUCAUCAGAUCAAAGGAAUUACAGGAUAGAGUGGCAAAAGCAAAAGAUUCCAGUGAAGUGAUGAUUAAAGUGUGGAAGGAAAUUGUGGAUUUCCAUGGGGAGAUGGUUCUGUUGGAGAAUUACAGCGCUCUUAACUAUACAGGUUUGGUGAAAAUACUCAAGAAGUAUGACAAACGAACUGGUGCUCUCAUUCGACUGCCCUUCAUCCAAAGGGUAUUGCAGCAACCAUUUUUCACUACCGACUUGCUCUACAAGCUUGUAAAAGAGUGUGAGGCUAUGCUCGAUAGCCUCUUCCCAAAGAAAGAAGUCAAAGAACCAUUUGAACCUGAGGGAGAUGGGAAUGAAGGCGAGGGAGAUGGGAAUGAAGGGUGUGAUACUAAGCCUACGACGGUGAAGGAUGGGCUGCUCACAGUGCCAAAGGAGCUAGCGGAAAUAGAGUACAUGGAGAGUUUGUAUAUGAAGAGCACCGUCUCAGCGCUUCGUGUGCUAAAGGAAAUCAGAAGUGGAAGUUCAACCGUAAGCGUAUUUUCUUUGCCGCCGAUUCAGGGUAAUGGUGUGGAGGAGUCCUGGAAUAAAGUCCCUGUUUUGGAACAAGAAGCGAAAUAGAUGUUUGGUUAGAUCGUAUUCAGUCGGGUCGCAGGAGUUGCUUGAGUGAGGCAGAUCAGUUCCCCUCUGGAUGGCUUUCAAAAUUUCGUUUAAUUUUAUAGCAUCUUACAGUCUUACUUGCAUGUAAUAGGUACUGACACAUUUGUAAUUUGUAUAAUGCACAAAAUCAAUAGAUCGACUGAACUCGCAAUCUUGAUACUCGAAAGGUGGGAAUUCCUAUUUUAUAUCA